CUGGCAAAUGUGAUGUUCCUUUUUAGCAUAAUAAAUCAUUUUCAUAUUAAAAGCUGGAGGAAGACUUGGAGUCCUAAAACUCCUUUUGUACCAAUCUUGGUGCCCUUCCACAUGGCUGGGGUGACACACAGUUGUCAGUGAGCUCAGUCGUGGGAGGAUUAAGCCAAUAGUCCCUGGUGUUAUUGCUGCAGGAACCUCAGGCUAUGACAAGGCUCUUUUACACUGGGGAGUAAAUCACAUUAGCUGGUUUAUGCACCAUUAUUGUAAAGUGGAUUCUCAUUUGAGAUACUGAGUGGCUUUAUUCCUCCCUGAACAGGGAGAUGAUCUUUUCUACUUGCUGUGCUGUAAUAUUCCCCUUUCUCAUCCCAGAGAAGGGGCAAAAAUGAGUGUUUGGCAGCCACUGGCUUGGAUUUUUCAGCCGAAUGCCCUUAGUGAACCUAACAGAAGUUUCUGCAGAUGAAGUCCCCAGAGAUUUUGUCUCUAUAUAUUCUUGUGUAGUCGCAACAUUGAAAGAAAUUGUCCUUCUUAAAUAGUAAGUUUGCCAAGAAAAUACGGUUAUUAUUGAUUCUAAUUUUUUUUUGGUGAUGUUUUUUUCUGACUUUCAGAGCUUACCUUUGAAGCUCUAGGUGAGUUCAGUGGUUUAACUUGUGUUUAAAACACUUGGAUACCAAACACAAACCAGCAGUGACUUUGUUGUUAGUGGUUUUCUCUUACAGCACGGUUCACUCUUGAGUGUUUGUGGGGGGAUCCAUGCAUGCACCUGUAAGGGGACACAUGUAGAGCUGUGGUGGCUCAGGGUGUCUAAUGCUGAGGCAGAAAAGCUAACAAAGACAUUGCUGUUGGAUAGGCAAUGAGGUGCUUUGCCCCUCUGAGCAGUGCUUUCCCAUCCUCUGGAGCUGAAUGCAGUUCACAGGGAAUCUGCUGAUUUAAUAAUACAGCUCCAGAGAAACAUCAUCCCGCAGGAGCAGGAGGGAGGAGUUGGAGGGUGUUGCCAAGGUCAAAAGGAGAUUUUAAGCAAGAUUUCAAAAAAAAAAAAGAGGAACUGUCAGACAAUGACACAAAGAUGCUUUUGAGGCAUCAGGAGCAGCAGAGGAGAAGUUUUGUCAUUAAUGACAUUUUCUGGAUUGGAUGUAAAAUGCAAAAACUAAAGAGAGAUGGCUGUUGGUCUGUGAUAGCAACAGGUCCCAGAAGGUGUUGAGAAAAGGAAGGUAAAUGUGAAUGGUGUUCUGAGACAAACCUGUGUUGUCCUGAAGGGAUGGAUGGUUAAUUUACUUGAACAGCUCAGAAUGAGCUAAUGUUCCAGUAGAGGAGAUAUUUCAAAGUCACAGGAGCUGUGCUGGUUCUUCGGUUGGGUUGUGUCACGAUCCACACAAUAUAUAGCGAUACAGGGCUGUCACUGCCUCGCCACUGCCAUACUGGAGUAGUACUGGACUAUGUUGGUACUCUUUAGUUAUGCCUGUUACUGUUUCAGCUGGUGUCAUCACCCGGCACAGACAGGGUGAGGCACACCUGUUAUUUGGGGAGGAAAAUGCCACGUCUGUAGUUACAGCAAAUGCUUUAACAUCUCCCAGUGGCAUUGCUUCUUGCUUGUGUCUGUGGUGCUCAUUGGAUUGUAUGAAAGCAUUGGGGUGCUGGUGGAAUUUUUGGGUGACUGUUGGGUGAUGUUUCAUAAAUGACUAAGCUUUCAACUUCAAGAAAAGUAAGAACUUACAAAAAAAAAAAAAAGAAUUAUAUUUGAGCCAGGCCUCUCCACUAUUUAUAGUGGAGAGAAUAUAGUUUUGACAUGUAAAUUUAACGUGAGUUUAAGCAAGCUGUUUGGAUUACUGUUUUACUAAACCUCUACAUGGAUUUUUAUUACAAAAUGUAGCCUACUUUCUGGAUACUGAGAAAAAACUGAGUUUAUCCUAUCACAAUGCCUUUUAUCUUUAAUUAUCUUCUUUUAGGAUUUCUGCAAUUGAGUUUCAGUUUCUGUUACACAGAUUCUUAAGGUAAUCCGUUUGACACAGCAGAGCUUCCCAUUGAGUCAUGUUGCUGAAGAUUACCUCUGGAAGCCGAAACACAAUGAACAGAUGAAUCCCUUUGGCCAGAUAUUACUCCAGUAGGUCUCCUUCUCCUCAUGGAGCACACAGGCAGGGAGGAGAUGGACUUGAAAGAGGAAAGUCCUCAGGUGUGGACUGAGUCUGCAGGACAGGAACAGAACACUGCUCAGGUGCACUUUGUCCCCGAAGGGGGGGCAGUGGCCCAGAUCAUGUACAGUGACGAGCAGGAGCGCGGCUCUGCGCAGCAGGUGGUUUACACGGCUGAUGGCACCUCCUACACCUCUGUGGACACCUCGGAGCACACCCUCGUUUACAUCCACCCCGUGGAAGCUACGCAGACUCUGUUUACAGAUCCGUCCCAAGUGGCUUACGUUCAACAGGAUGCUACCACCCAGCAGGUAACGGUGCUCUUGCCUGCUGCUGCUCAGAGCAUGAAUCCCACCAACCUGUCUGUGCUCGGCAGCGUUGCUGACCCCCCCCAGCCAGUGGCUCUGGAGCAGGGGCCACACGCAGAUAGAGCAUCAUUACCGGUGCGUAACCAGGUGUUACCUCCUAUGGAGGCUGUGGAUGGUUCUGAUCCAUUAGCACCUCUGCAGAAUCAAAUGGAAAGGAUAGAAACAAAAGAGGAAGAUGAUGAGGAUGAAGAUGAAGAUGGGGAAGACACUGACAUGGAUGAGUGGGAUCCAGAUCCACCUCGACCUUUUGAUCCCAAUGAUUUGUGGUGUGAAGAGUGUAAUAACGCACAUCCUUCAGUGUGUCCAAAACACGGACCUUUGCAUCCCAUCCCAAACCGGCCUGUGCUGACCAGGGCGAGGGCCAGCCUUCCCCUGGUGCUCUAUAUAGACAGGUUUUUGGGAGGUGUGUUCUCUAAAAGGCGCAUCCCAAAGCGUACACAGUUUGGGCCUGUGGAAGGACCCCUGGUCAGACAGACUGAGCUCAAAGACUGCUAUAUCCAUUUGAAGGUUUCUCUUGAUAAGGGUGACAGAAAAGACAGAGACUUGCAAGAGGACUUGUGGUUUGAACUGUCCAGUGAGGCUCUGUGUAACUGGAUGAUGUUUGUGCGUCCAGCUCAAAAUCACCUGGAGCAGAACCUGGUGGCCUAUCAAUAUGGCCACCACAUUUAUUACACCACCAUUAAAAAUGUGGAGCCCAAGCAGGAACUCAAGGUGUGGUAUGCUGCCUCCUAUGCCGAGUUUGUGAACCAGAAGAUCCAUGACAUAACUGAGGAGGAAAGGAAGGUGCUCAGGGAACAGGAAAAGAACUGGCCGUGUUACGAGUGCAAUCGGCGUUUCAUGAGCUCGGAGCAGCUCCAGCAGCACCUCAACUCCCAUGAUGAGAAGCUGGACUUCUUCAGCAGAACCAGAGGCCGAGGUCGUGGGCGAGGAAAGAGGAGAUUCGGACCAGGCAGACGCCCUGGGCGCCCUCCCAAAUUUAUGCGCAUAGAAGUAACCAGUGAAAAUGGUGAAAAGUGUGAAGAAGGAACACAGGACUUGCUGCAUUUUUCCAGCAAGGGGCAGUUUGAUGAGGCCGGACAAGCCCCACUGAAUGGACUGGAGCAGCAGGAACAGACUCCGGUGCGAACAGAGCCACAGGCAGCACUGGAGCAGCAUGAAAACCACGUGCUCCAUGUACAGCCACAGCACGAGGGGAACACAGUGUCCACACAGAGCACCGUGACAGCAGAUGACAUGAGGCGAGCAAAGCGCAUCAGGAAUGCAGCUCUGCAGCACCUGUUCAUCCGGAAAUCCUUCCGCCCAUUCAAAUGCCUUCAGUGUGGGAAGGCCUUCCGGGAGAAGGACAAGCUGGACCAGCAUCUGCGGUUCCAUGGGCGGGAAGGGAACUGCCCUUUGACCUGUGACAUCUGCAACAAGGGCUUCAUCAACAGUGGUGCCCUCGAGAGCCACAUGAAGUUCCACAUGGACCAGAAAACGUACUCCUGCAUUUUCUGCCCUGAGUCCUUUGACCGCUUGGAUCUCCUUAAGGAUCACGUGGCCAUCCAUGUCAAUGAUGGCUAUUUCACCUGCCCCACCUGCAAGAAACGUUUCCCAGAUUUUAUCCAGGUCAAGAAACAUGUGCGCAGUUUCCAUUCUGAGAAGAUUUACCAGUGUACAGAGUGUGACAAGGCUUUCUGCCGCCCUGACAAGCUGCGACUCCACAUGCUGCGGCACUCGGACCGCAAAGACUUCCUGUGCUCCACCUGUGGCAAACAGUUCAAGAGGAAGGACAAGCUGCGAGAGCACAUGCAGAGGAUGCACAACCCAGAGAGGGAGGCCAAGAAGGCUGAUCGGAUCAGCCGCUCCAAAACCUUCAAGCCCCGGAUCGCAUCCACUGACUAUGAGAGCUUCAUGUUCAAGUGCCGCCUCUGCAUGAUGGGCUUCCGCCGCAGGGGCAUGUUGGUGAAUCAUUUAUCAAAGAGACACCCAGACAUGAAAAUAGAAGAAGUGCCAGAGCUCACAUUGCCCAUCAUAAAACCCAACAGAGAUUACUUCUGUCAAUACUGCGAUAAGGUGUACAAGAGUGCCAGCAAACGCAAAGCACACAUCCUGAAAAAUCAUCCUGGUGCUGAGCUACCUCCAAGCAUCCGGAAACUGCGUCCUGCGGGACCGGGAGAGCCAGAUCCUAUGCUAAGCACCCACACACAGCUGACAGGCACCAUCGCUACCCCUCCAGUGUGCUGCCCUCACUGUUCCAAGCAAUACAGCAGUAAGACAAAGAUGGUGCAGCACAUCCGCAAGAAGCACCCAGAGUUUGCUCAGCUCCCGAACACGAUCCAUGCGCCACUGGCAACGGCUGUCAUCAGUUCCACGCCAGCUGUUCUCACCACUGACAGCACGACAGGAGAAACUGUUGUGACAACAGAUUUACUGACCCAAGCAAUGACAGAGAUAUCCCAGACCCUCACUACAGAUUACCGGACUCCGCAGGGAGAUUACCAGCGCAUCCAGUACAUCCCCGUGUCUCAAUCCACAACUGGCUUGCAGCAGCCUCAGCACAUACAGCUGCAGGUUGUUCAAGUGGCCCAGGCUACCUCACCUCACCAGUCCCAGCACUCCACAGUGGAUGUUGGGCAGCUCCAUGACCCCCAGACAUACACCCAACAUGCCAUCCAGGUGCAGCACAUCCAGGUCACAGAGCCAUCACCAGCAACUCAGUCAUCACAGGCUGGGGGUCAGCCUUUGAGUCCCUCUUCGCAACAACCUCAGCAGGAGCUCAGCCCCUCACAGAUGCAGACAACUACAUCGACACCAAACCAAGCCCUCCAGCAUCAGCAAGGCUCCUCAGUUCAGCACACAUAUCUCCCCAGCAACUGGAACUCAUUUCGCAGCUACUCAUCGGAGAUUCAGAUGAUGACCAUCCCCCAAGGGCAGUACGUGAUCACAGAGACUGCUGUGGGUACCCCGGUCACCACUGUCAACACGGGGCAAGUAAAAGCAGUUACUCAGACUCACUACGUGAUAUCUGAAGGUCAGCCUGAUCUGGAUGGUAAACAAAACUCUUCACUCUCCAGUGAGGUUCAGGUGGGCGUUUCCCAGCCCACAGCCCACACGGAUCCCUUGGAAUCCCAGACAAGCAAUCAGCCACAAACCACCCAGUACAUCAUCACGACCACCACCAAUGGGAGUGGCGGGAGUGAAGUGCACAUCUCCAAACCCAGGACUUUCUCAGCAGAGCAUGAGUGAAAGAGCCUCAUGGUGCCAUUUGCUUGUCUUUGUCACCUCCCUGACAGCCCAGAUGUGGGGGUACCCUGGGGCUCUAUAUGUUUUGAUGUAUAUGCUCACUUACCUUCCACUAAAAUCUUGGAGCUCUUGUUAAUGCUUUAAGAGGGUUUAAUUCACAGUGACCAUGAAAUGCCCUCAGAAUCCUUCUGGGAUGCUUUUUAUGCAGCUUUUAAGAAAAAGGAAAAGAGAAGUAAAACCUCUGCUGGCCCUGGACUUUAUUUUUGGCAUGUCUGCUGACCCUUAUUUUUCCUUUUUGGAAGUGUGUCCAGCAAACAAUAUAAUUUCAGCUGUAUGGCAAAAAGCCUGCCUAACUGAAGGCUUCCUGGCAGAUUGUUGUUUGUAUAUUUUUAACAGGAGCCAUUAAACAGGAGGGCAUCAUAUAAGUUGUUAGAAUAUGGCAGAACUGCUUCCUGUGGUGUCUAGCAGCCAAGGUGAAGGGGAGUGUCCCUGUGCCAUAUGAGCAGACUGCCUGCAGAAAGGAGCAGCAGCAGCCAAGUGGUGGUUCUUGGUGUCCCUUUAUGGGGAUGGAUUGAACAAUGACGCUGUGAAGAUGUGCCGAAGCAGUCCAUUAAAUUAUUAUUUUUCCAGCCCUCCAUAACUGUUUACAUGCUGUCUGCCCUGCCCUGUUUUACCCAGCAGUUUCAGAAAGCAGGAAAAGCACAGUCUUAAACCCAUGUUGUUUGGAACAACAUGAUUGAAGUCCUAGGAGCACCUAAGAGUAGUACAGAGCCACUGUUACUUCUUUUUCCUCCAGUGUUUGCAGGGAAAAUUGCUUUUUUGCCUCUAAACAACAACAAAAAAAAGCAGCUCAGCUAAACCUGCACAGUAGCUUCUGCUGUGAUCUAAGAUAGUUGUGCAAGGAGAAAACGAGGAUACAGAGCACUCCUCUGAGAGGAAAGGGUCACUAUCUCUGUGGCCACCUCAAAGUAAACAUAUUUCUCCUCUUCAGGACUGGAUGGAGAGUUGGUUUCUUUGAUAAUUUUUUUUUUUCUUUCCAAAUAACCUUGUUAACAAUGUACUGUAAUUCCUUUGGGCAGUUCCAGAAAACAACCAACCCUGGACUCAGGAAACACACAAGAAACAUGCUCGUGGACCACUAUUUAUGGGACAUGGAAAGCCAUCCGUGAGGGUUGCCACAUGUGAUGGACCUGGUCUACAUACAGAAUUCAUGUUGCAUUUAGGGACCAGGAGAAAGGGAAAGAGAAGGUUUAUCUUUUAAGGCCAUGUAAUAUGUUUUUCCUUACAUAGUUCUCCUUCACAGGUUGUCUUGGUUGUUUAAGGCAUUCUGGUGGUUGCAAAAACAUGCUAGAACUCCAUUGACUCCUAGUGGGAUAUACUGUGUAUGUCUGAAUUUGCAUUUGGAAAACGCAUCCCAGAACAUCUGUGCAUAUCAGGAUACAGUUAUAUAUAAAACAGAUGCAAAUAAGGGUGCUGUGUCUUAGAGGUCCUUGAGACAGAAGAACUUGAGGCGUUUUUUUGAUUUGUUUUCUCUUGUACUGCACUGAGUGUGAAUGUGGGACUCUUCCAUAGAUAUUCCCAUGGAUUCAGGUGUGGAUUACCCAUGUCAGUAAGCACUACAUGUUGUGGUAUCAGGUUUUAUGGAGUUAAAGCUCUUUGACAUGAGGGAACUCCACACUCAGGCUGCACAAGAGUAAAUCUGGUUCCUUGUGGGCAAAGCCUUGUAGCAGGCAUGGCUUUGGUAAUUAACGUAUCUGUUAAUGUGGCAUGGAAAUAGUAUUGAGAUAAAUCAGUUGGCCAGUACUGGCCAGCUGAGAAGUGUUCUGAGGUAACUCUGAAGUGACUUGCCAAAAUGUGGAUUACUUUUGUUCCUGGGAUUUCUCUUGUCUUUCUGUACCACCAUACUGGGGCACUAAUGAGCUGGGUAGAAUUAACAUGGACCAGAGCUCCCAUUUGGUCAAGUGCAGUGAUGAGUGAGUGACCUUAAAUUCUGUGGAUUUGGCAGCUCAGCCACACUGCCCAGUAACUUGAAUUCAUGUUGCUGAGGACUUUGGAAUUACAAUGUUGAGCCUUGCAAUGUUGUUUGUGUGGGAAGAGAGUAGGAAGAAUUUUGUCUUGGCUUUUUUCAGUCUGCUGCUAAUUUAAUAACAAGGCAGAAAUGCUUCAAGUAGUAGGAAAAUAGCAGACUUGGAAAUGGGAGACUGGAAAUACUGGGGUACUGGAGGAUUGCGAGAGCAAUUUUAAGAGUCUUAAAAGUUUGACAAUAGAUGAACGUCAAAUAUGUUACCAUUGCUGAUGUUGCACAUGUGGGGUUUAAAAACUACUUUGCUCUAUUCACCUUUUUUGGAACAGUCCAUGAAUGAGGACAGUUUUACCAGUUAUUUAAAACUGAAAACUAUUUAAAACAGAAAAAUAUUUUAAAACAGAAAACCAUUUUAAAACAGCCUUUUUGAACUCAAAUCUUCCUCAUCAAAGUUUCUCUGCCCUGCAGCAGCAGCACCCUUGGGCCAUUGGCCUGACUCCAGGUGAAGUAAUUCCUAGUGUCACAAGUUGAAUGAAUUGUCUAUGAAAGAAGCAAGCCUGGAAAUAGAAGUACCGCAGAUUUUUCCUUCCAAAAUAAGGAACUACAGUGAUUGCACAGAUGGCAAAGGUUACACGGAUUUUUUUCUCCAUUUCUGCAGCGCAGAACGUAUGGGAUGUAUUACUAUUGUUUGUAAACCAGAGCAACCCAAAGAUCUCUCUAAGUUGUAUCCCACAGAAGUGUAAAUCCAGAGUCCUCUCAGUUGCCUGGAAGGUCUGUGUUUUGUGUGGAGAUGCUGUCCCCUGGAGGUGUUCUGGGUCAGAUUCCAAAUUUUCCUUGAGAAAAAGAAAACAACCCCAGCCUGCGCACCCUGAUCUUGCACCUCUUGGACUACUCAGGCCCCUUCUCUUAUUUAACUGUGUAUGUUUAUUGUACAUUUGGUGACUGUUGUUGUGUUCAGAGUCUUGUGCAACCUGGCAGGUGUAAAAAACAAAAACAAAAACAAAAAAAAAAAAACAAAAAAAAAAACCAACCUGAAAAGAAUAAAUCUGUUUCUCUUUCUUUUUUU